UCCUGUGCGUGAGCCGCACGUCCGCCCUUUCCCGCGUCACAUGACCACGAAUCGGCUUCCGUUACGGCUACUGGAAGGGGUCAGCCCCGGGCGUUCUCGCGUCUCUCCCGGCCAGCUGCGGGCAGCUCCGCCGGUUUUGCCUGGGCGCCUCGGUGCGCUCCGCCAACGGCCUCAGAGAGCGCUCACCCGAGCGCCCUGGGAGCCGGCAGGCGGCGGCCCGCGCCGGCGACCCUCCAGUGGGCCUAGGGGGACAAAAGUGGCUCUAAAUCCAGCACAUGCACAUAGAAGCAAGUUAAAGGAUUUAAUAUGAAGCACAGAAGCAGAUAGUGCCAAAUAGCAAGCAGUAGUUGGUACACAUUUCUGGAAAAGCAGUGUCCGUGUUGUUAUGUACACCUCCAAAAAAAAGUUCAGAUCUGUAGGGGAAUUGUUGUGUAAAGUAAACUGAACUACAGGGUAGCAGUAUUUUAAUAGCUAUUGUAGACGUGUAUUUACUGUAUUAAAAUGAGUAAAAGAACAAGCAGUGACACACCACUAGGAAGGGUGAGUGGGGCAGCAUUUCCUUCUCCCACUACUUCUGAGAUGGCGGAAAUUAGUCGAAUUCAGUAUGAAAUGGAAUAUACCGAAGGUAUUAGUCAGCGAAUGAGGGUCCCGGAAAAGUUAAAAGUAGCACCACCAAAUGCUGACCUGGAGCAAGGAUUCCAAGAAGGAGCUCCAAAUGCUAGUGUGAUAAUGCAGGUUCCAGAGAGGAUUGUUGUAGCAGGAAAUAAUGAAGACAUUUCAUUUUCAAGACCAGCAGAUCUUGACCUUAUUCAGUCAACUCCCUUUAAACCUCUGGCACUAAAAACACCACCUCGUGUACUUACACUAAGUGAAAGACCACUAGAUUUUCUGGAUUUAGAAAGACCUCCUACAACCCCUCAAAAUGAAGAAAUCCGUGCAGUUGGCAGGCUAAAGAGAGAGCGCUCUAUGAGUGAAAAUGCUGUUCGCCAAAAUGGACAGUUGGUCAGGAAUGAUUCUAUGUGGCACAGAUCAGAUUCUGCCCCAAGAAAUAAAAUUUCAAGGUUCCAGGCACCGAUUUCUGCACCGGAGUACACUGUGACACCAUCGCCACAACAGGCUCGGGUCUGUCCUCCCCAUAUGUUACCUGAAGAUGGAGCUAAUCUUUCCUCUGCUCGUGGCAUUUUGUCGCUUAUCCAGUCUUCUACUCGUAGGGCUUACCAGCAGAUCUUGGAUGUGCUGGAUGAAAAUCGCAGACCUGUGUUGCGUGGUGGGUCUGCUGCCGCCACUUCUAAUCCUCAUCAUGACAACGUCAGGAUAAUCAAACUAAAUAGACGUCUACAACUUCUAGAAGAGGAGAACAAAGAACGUGCUAAAAGGGAAAUGGUCAUGUAUUCAAUUACUGUAGCAUUCUGGCUGCUUAAUAGCUGGCUCUGGUUUCGCCGCUAGAGGUAACCUCAGCUUUCAAAAAUAUUGUCUCAACAGCGGAAAUAUAAAAGAUUUGCAAACUUCGUUGUUUCUGUCUUUGCAUUGUAUGCCGUUUUAUAGUCCAUGCCCUGAAAAUGUAUUUCUUCCAGAAAAUGGGGGGGAAGGACCUAUAUUUGUAGAAGUAAAGGUAUGUUCUGUCACUCAGCUGUA